AUGAUUGUGAUGAUGAUUUCAUUCAUUGGAGCAGUUAUUGGACCAUUCUAUCGAUAUCUUGACGAUGGAACAUUGGUUACGCUUUAUUCUCUGAAAUUGCCAUACUUUCACAAUGAUUUACACACGGAAUUCAUGAUAAAUGCAAUAGGGCAAACGAUUGUCACCAUAGUGGGCUUUUUUGGGCUGUCUCUUGUGGAAGGUGUACUCACUUUUAUCAAUACCACCGUUACCAUUUCUUCGAGUCUGUGUCAAUUGGAAUUCGAAGAACUAUCAGGCUGUCUCGAAAAUAAAUCAGAAACCAUUCAUAAAACACGUGAAAAACUAAAGAAUAUCUACAUGAAAAUUGCAUACUUUGAUGAGUACAUCGUAACUUGUAGCAAUAUCAAUUAUUGGAGACACUUUUUGGCCCCACCGUCAUUUACAUUUUCCAUAGCCAUAUCGAUUUAUUGUCAAAAAGUGAUGGACUUCCCGGCUGGAUAUGGAUUGGCGGUUGUUUCUUACGUUCAAAUGGCUGUCAUGUGUUAUAUAGGACAGAGUAUUGCCGAUAGAAACGACCGUUUAGUCAGAGCGUUAUACGACUUUAAAUGGUAUCUUUUACCAAUAGAAGAUCAAAAGGAUGUGCGACAUAUGAUUCUCCGACUUCAGAAUGAGGUCUCCUUCACAAUGGGACCAUUUGAAGAACUAAAUUUUGAAACCUUAAAAAUUCUUAGUCGAAGGGUCUACUCGUUUUUGAUGUUUUUGAUCAAGUUUAAGUCGUAA